AUGUUUAUAUUACUUGCACUUUCAAUGGAUUCUGGCAAUGAAAAAAUGGUUAGCAUAUUCGUUUUAUCUUCUUCAACUAGAUUAUAUAUUUUAAAAAACCAACUUAGCUUCCUCUCUUCCCUUUCAAACCAUCAUAAUAUAUUACUGACUUUAUUCUAUUUUUUUAUAAAAAUUUAUAUGGGAGCUUGCUUUGGAAACGCCUCAAAAAAUUCCAAGCCUCACAAGCCUGAUACACCUCGCCCAGUCUCCAACACAACCCCUUCCACAGCUGUAAAAGAUAUUAAAAUCUCUUCCAAAGUUCAAGAGCCAGACAAAGUCUUGAAAGUUUCCUGUAAAAGUCCACGUUUUGAACUGUCUUUGAGGUAUCGACAUGAAGUGCCGAUAUAGCUGAUGAGCGAUUUUAGAUCGCUCUGAGCUAGGAGUAUGCUUAGAAAUCCCCUGAGUUGGUUUUUUCAACAUAAGUUGACGAACAACUUUGGAGUUGAGAAAUAUACCUGAUACGAGUCAUUUGUCAACUCCCCGAGCUGGCUCCCCAGUUUUUUAUGUAAAUACUAUGCGGGAGUUCUAAGCAUACUCCAAGCCCAAGGCGAUAUAAAAUCGCUCAUGGGCUAUAUAUGAUCUAAAAGACCAAAUUUCAAAGCUAAGACCCGAUAUUGAUAUUUCCGAAUAUUCUAUACACAAAGGACAAUUAGAAGUAUUGGAUCCUACAGCCACUUUAAAACAGCUUGGGAUUGUCCCUGACGAUAAACUUCGGCUUAAAAGGGUAAAAGCAAUAGAUAUCCCAGUAGUUGAGAAGGAAAUCAUUGGAGCUCACAACUCAAAUGCAUCUAUUAAAUCAAGUAAUGGCAAAAGUCAUGCGAAUGAAAAUGAAUCGAGUAGUAAAGAAGAAAGAAAAUCAGCGAAGGAGCUGUGGAGAACUGCAAUGCCAUCUCCACAAGCAAAGCAGCUGAUUAAAUUUAACCCUUUUGAUGUAAGUUCAACCACCAAUAACACUCAUGAUCAGUCUUUAAAAGAAAGACAUUUCCCACAAGCUCAGGCUGGAUUUCAGGUCAAACACAUUGGAAGCGUCGUUGAAUCUGAUGAAAGCAACCUUGGAGAGAAAAAAGGUGUUGAGUCAGGCAGAACUAAUAGAAGACGGCCUACAGAUCUCUUUAAAGAUCUCCAAGGACCGUUUUCAUUAAUUCGGGAUAUGUAA